UAAUAUAUCUCUACCAGAGGUUUCGCUUUUUACUCGUGAUAUAAUAAAAUUAUAUCACCAUGAGUUAUAUGCUUGGACAUUUACAUAAUGGCUGGCAAGUUGAUCAAGCCAUAUUAUCUGAAGAAGAUCGUGUGGUGGUCAUCAGAUUUGGGCAUGAUUGGGAUCCAACUUGCAUGAAAAUGGAUGAAGUCCUGUAUAGUAUAGCAGAAAAAGUUAAAAAUUUUGCUGUGAUAUAUCUUGUGGAUAUUACUGAAGUACCAGAUUUUAAUAAAAUGUAUGAAUUAUAUGAUCCAUGCACAGUGAUGUUCUUCUUUCGCAAUAAACACAUAAUGAUUGAUCUUGGUACAGGCAACAACAACAAAAUUAACUGGCCACUGGAAGAUAAGCAAGAAAUGAUUGACAUUAUAGAGACUGUAUACCGUGGAGCCCGCAAGGGGCGUGGUCUAGUUGUCUCACCCAAAGAUUAUUCUACUAAGUAUAGAUAUUGAAGACAUUAUUGGUAUUUUAUUGAAUUACUUCAUGAUCGAAUAAUCUCCGAUAUGGGUAUAUACUUAAUCAGUAUUGAGGAUCAGCGACCAGCAGCAUAUUUCAAACAAGUGUGAUUUGAAUUGACAAAAAUAAAUAUGUAAGUAAAUGAUA